AGUCUACUAGCUUAUAGUCAUCGCAUAAUGUCCUCCUCCAUUUUUCCAUUCCAUGCACCUCUCCUCUUUUACCUUCUUCUCCAAUGAAACCCCUCCUCUCCCUCCUCCUCUCCCUCCUCUUUCUCUCCUCCCAAACAGUCCUUUCUUUCAAACGAGAUGAGUUCCGCAACUGCAACCAAACUCCCUUCUGCAAACGCGCCCGCUCCCGCUCCCGCUCCCCCGGCGGGUGCACUUUAACCCCUCACAACAUCGCCAUCUCCAACGGCGACCUCACCGCCACUCUCCUCUCUAAACAUGAAGACCAAGUCCGACCCUUGAUCCUCUCCCUCUCGGUCUACCAUGACGGAAUCCUCCGUCUGAAAAUCGACGAAGAUUAUGACCACUCCGACCCACCCGCUUCUAAAAGACGGUUUCAGGUCCCUGACGUCAUCAUCCCAGAGUUCGAGUCUAACAAAUUCUGGCUCCAACGACUCUCAACGGAAACUCUUAACGACGAAUCCUCUCCGUCAACGGUUGUUUACUUAUCCGAAGGUUACGACGCUGUUCUCCGUCACGAUCCUUUCGAGAUUUACGUUCGCGAUAAGCAAUCGGGUAACCAGAAGUUAAUUUCGUUGAAUUCUCAUCAACUAUUCGAUUUCGAGCAAUUAAGAGUGAAAAAGGAAGGAGAAGAAGAUAGUGAGACUUGGGAAGAGAGAUUUAGGGGUCAUACCGACACGAGGCCGUAUGGUCCGCAGUCGAUUAGCUUUGAUGUAUCGUUUUAUAAUGCUGAAUUUGUUUCUGGGAUUCCGGAACGCGCCACGAGUUUGGCAUUGAAGCCGACUAGAGGGCCAGGAGUGGAGAAGGGUUUGGAGCCGUAUAGGUUGUUUAAUUUGGAUGUCUUUGAGUAUUUGAGUGAGUCUCCAUUUGGAUUGUAUGGGUCGAUUCCGUUGAUGAUUUCGCAUGGGAAAGAAGGGAGGAGCGCGGGGUUUUUUUGGUUGAAUGCUGCGGAAAUGCAGAUUGAUGUGUUGGGAGAUGGGUGGGAUGCGGAGUCUGGGAUUGAGUGGGUGAAGCAGAAGAGGAUUGAUACGUUUUGGAUGAGUGAGGCGGGGAUUGUUGAUGCGUUUUUCUUUGUUGGUCCGGGUCCGAAAGAUAUCGUGAGGCAGUAUACGAGUGUGACGGGGAGAGCUUCGAUGCCUCAGAUGUUUUCGAUUGCAUAUCAUCAAUCUAGGUGGAAUUUUAGAGAUGAAGAGGAUGUGGAGAAUGUGGAUGCCAAGUUUGAUGAACAUGAUAUUCCGUAUGAUGUUUUGUGGCUUGAUAUUGACCAUACGGAUGGUAGAAGGUAUUUUACGUGGGAUUCAGUGUUGUUUCCACACCCGGAGGAGAUGCAAAAGAAGUUGGCGGCGAAAGGGAGGCAUAUGGUGACAAUCGUGGAUCCUCAUAUUAAGAGGGAUAAUUCGUUUAGGUUGCAUAAGGAGGCUACCGAGAAAGGGUAUUAUGUGAAGGAUGCUAGUGGGAAGGAUUUUGAUGGGUGGUGCUGGCCUGGUUCAUCAUCUUACUUGGAUAUGGUUAAUCCUGAAAUUAGGUCGUGGUGGGGUGAUAAGUUCUCGUACAAGAAUUAUGUCGGUUCGACUCCCUCAUUAUAUAUUUGGAAUGAUAUGAAUGAGCCUUCUGUGUUCAAUGGUCCUGAGGUGUCAAUGCCAAGAGAUGCUUUACACCUGGGAGGCAUAGAACACAGGGAGUUGCAUAAUUCCUACGGCUACUACUUCCACAUGGCAACAUCUAAUGGUCUUCUAAAGCGUGGGGGUGGGAAUGACAGGCCUUUUGUUUUGUCAAGAGCCUUCUUCCCUGGAAGUCAAAGAUACGGAUCUGUUUGGACAGGAGAUAACACUGCAGAUUGGGAUCACCUAAGGGUUUCAGUCCCAAUGAUUUUGACUCUCGGUCUCACUGGAAUUUCAUUCUCUGGUGCGGAUGUUGGUGGGUACUUUGGCAACCCAGGGCCCGAUUUAUUAGUUCGCUGGUAUCAACUUGGUGCUUUCUAUCCUUUCUUCAGGGGCCAUGCCCAUCAGGACACCAAGAGACGAGAACCUUGGUUAUUUGGAGAGAAAAAUAAACGACUAAUAAGAGAGGCCAUACAUGUUCGUUACAUGUUGCUCCCUUACUUCUACACAUUAUUUAGAGAGGCAAACACAACUGGUCUUCCUGUUAUGCGCCCCUUGUGGAUGGAGUUUCCUUCUGAUGAAGCUACUUUUAGCAAUGAUGAGGCUUUCAUGGUUGGAAGUAGCCUCCUGGUGCAAGGAAUCUACACCGAGGGGGCAAAAUAUGCAUCUGUUUAUCUGCCAGGGAAAGAAUUAUGGUAUGACAUUAGAACUGGAGAUGCAUACAAGGGAGGUAAAACACAUAAGCUGGAGGCUGCAGAGAGUGUUCCUGCUUUCCAAAGGGCUGGAACUAUUAUUCCCAGGAAAGACCGGCUUCGUCGAAGCUCAACACAGAUGGUGAACGAUCCUUAUACUUUGGUGAUAGCUGUAAACAGUUCUCAAGCGGCUGAAGGUGAACUCUACAUGGAUGACGGUAAAAGCUUUGAGUUUUUGCAAGGGGCUUACAUCCAUCGUCGCUUUGUCUUUGCAAAUGGAAAGCUUACAUCCAUAAAUCUAGCCCCCUCCAGCAGUAGCAAAUCCCAAUUUUCUUCAAAGAGCAUGAUCGAAAGGAUUAUACUGCUAGGUUACGCUCCUGGACCAAAGAAUGCUCAAAUUGAACCGGGAAAUCAGAAGGUUGAAGUUGAACUUGGGCAACUUAUGCUUGAAGGAAGACAUGGAUCUUCUGUUGUAACCAUCCGCAAACCCGCUGUCCAAGUUUCUGAUGACUGGACAAUAAGAUUGCUGUAAGUAACAGUUUAAGUUUCCAGAAAACACUGCAUGCAGAAUAGAUAAAUUGUUAGAAUACCGUAGUGAACUGCUAGACUGUACUAAUAUCAUAAAUUCAGAUGUCAUGGUAUAAAUACAAACACGUAAACUUAUUCCAGUCUUCCAAGCUGGAAUUCUUACUGUAAUAUAAACGUCCUAUAGUCUCCACAUGAUUCCACA